AUGGAGGCGUUCGUCGGGACUCUCGUGAAUCCGGGCGAAUCCGGGAUUUCCAUCGUUCCCGAGUCCCUCGUGCUCGUGGAAAACGGCAAGGCAAGUUCUUUCUCCUCUCGCUCCACGUGUCGCCUCGGGGCCCCGAAUGAAACGCGGCUUGUCGCGCCGGGCUGUAGGAAUCCCAAGUACUUUCCCAACGCUCGUCGCCGCGUGAUACUUGCCGUGGUGGAGGUGGGGAGGAGCAGCGAGUUGGACGACCUUCGAGGGAGGUACGAGAUCGACGAAGUCUCCGUCCUCCCGGAAGCGUGGUUCCUGACCCCGGGACUCGUGGACGUGCACACGCACGCCUCGCAAUACCCGAACAUCGGCAUCGGCCUCGAUCUCCCGCUGCUGGAAUGGCUGGACCGGUACACCUUCCCCCUGGAGGCCAAGUACCUGGACCUGGACUUCGCGAGCACGGCCUACAACACAUGCGUCAAACGGACGUUGGGGAACGGCACGACGACGGCCUGCUACUUUGGGACCAUUCACACCGAAAGCAGCAAGGAACUGUUCAGAGCCUGCCAGCGAGCGGGUCAAAGGGCGUUCGUCGGGAAGGUGAGCAUGGAUCGGAACUCCCCCGAGUAUUACGUCGAGGACACCCAGUCCGGGAUCCGGGAGGCGAGGGACUUUCUUCGGUGGACCGAGGACCAAAAGGAUCCUUUGGUGAAGGGGAUCGUGACGCCGAGGUUCGCGGUGACGAGCACGGAGGCCAGCCUGGAGGCGCUGGGGGAGAUGGCCAGGACGUUCCACGCCCCCGUGCAGACGCACAUAAGCGAAAAUAAGUCGGAGGUGGAAGUGGUGAGACGCAUGUACCCCGAUGCUUCAAGCUACGCCGACGUCUAUAAGAGAGCGGGACUCUUUGACAGCAAGUGCAUCCUGGCCCACGGAAUCUACUUGGACGACGACGAGAUAGAGCUGGUGAAGGAGCGGAAAGCGGGGAUAGCCCACUGCCCGAGGUCCAACUCCCAGCUGACGAGUGGGAUGUGCGACGUCAGGCGUCUGCUUCGGAAGGGAGUGCCGGUUGGGCUUGGCACAGACAUGUCCGGCGGGAGCGCGUCGUCGAUCCUGGACGCGAUGCGGCAGGCGUGGGAGAUCUCGAAGUUGCUGAGUCUGCAGGCGGGAGAGAGCGAGGCGCUCACGCUGGACGAUUGCUUCGCGCUGGCCACCAUCGGAGGCGCCAGAGUGGCGGGACUGGAGGACCAGAUCGGCAGCAUCGAGAAGGGAAAGGCGUUCGACGCCCUGGUGCUGAGCCCCGACCCAGGCGUUGACUUCUGGGACGCCGGCUCCCCCGACCAGCUCGUCCACAAGGUCCUCAUGCUCGGGGACGACAGGAACAUCAAGGCGGUGUUCGUCGCAGGGAGGCUCGUCGCUGGUCCCGGCAUCCCCUGAUCCACCGGGUUGCCUCCACGUUGCCGCCAGGUUGCCACCAGGUUACCACCAGGUUGCCCACGUGAUCGUUUCUUCGAAUGAGUGUGUUGGAUAUUACGUUUUUCGAGUUCGGGUCGUGCUUUGUGGGUGGAUUAGUCCCCUUCUUCUCCCUGUCGAGGGGAUGAAGGGGGACAUUCAUACUCGUACUUCGCCUUUCUGUCGUUCUGAACGAUGAAACUUCACCUGCCACGACUCUCCAUCCCUUGGAAGCCAAGAUACCCGAGAGGAGCCUCGCCCUCGACUCCCGGGGCGUCGCAUCCUGACGGAAGGCGGGAACCGACUGCGGAGGAGCGAAGACCCGCAGGUCUCGGCAGUAGAGGCCUCCUCGGGCCUUCUCUGUAGAGACUUCCUCGGGUCUUCCUCUUGGGCUCUUCGGUAUCGUUCUGAACCCACAGCUUCUGCCUAUCUUCACCAUGGUACCUUGCUUUCUCAGGGAGGAUGAUGCCUGAAAGUGCAAACGCCGAUUGCCACCUCAGUGGCAAGACUGAAAUAUUUUAAGUGAAAUUUUUUUUUCUUCUGCCUCAUUUCCAUGCUUAAGAAAGAAAGAUGCCUAAGAAACUACUUAAUAGUUCAGAGGGAAAUGAAAAGUGAAAAAGUGCACG